CGCGGGGCGGCGGCGGCGGGGGGCGCGCGCCUGCACCAUGAACUACCAGCAGCAGCUGGCCAACUCGGCUGCCAUCCGGGCCGAGAUCCAGCGCUUCGAGUCGGUCCACCCCAACAUCUACUCCAUCUACGAGCUGCUGGAGCGCGUGGAGGAGCCGGUGCUGCAGAAUCAGAUCCGGGAGCACGUCAUUGCCAUCGAAGAUGCCUUCGUGAACAGCCAGGAGUGGACGUUGAGCCGGUCGGUGCCAGAGCUGAAAGUGGGCAUUGUGGGUAACUUGGCCAGCGGCAAGUCUGCCCUGGUGCACCGGUACCUGACUGGCACGUACGUGCAGGAGGAGUCCCCCGAAGGUGGCAGGUUUAAGAAGGAGAUCGUGGUGGACGGACAGAGCUACCUGCUGCUGAUUCGCGAUGAGGGAGGGCCCCCGGAGGCGCAGUUCGCUAUGUGGGUGGACGCGGUCAUCUUUGUCUUCAGCCUGGAGGACGAGAUCAGCUUCCAGACAGUUUACCACUACUACAGCCGAAUGGCCAACUACCGCAGCACGAGCGAGGUGCCGCUGGUGCUGGUGGGCACCCAGGACGCCAUCAGUUCCAGCAACCCACGGGUGAUUGACGACGCGCGUGCGCGGAAGCUGUCCAAUGACCUGAAGCGCUGCACCUACUACGAGACGUGCGCCACGUACGGGCUCAACGUGGAGAGGGUCUUCCAGGACGUUGCCCAGAAGAUCGUAGCCACGAGGAAGAAGCAACAGCUGUCCAUAGGACCCUGCAAGUCCCUGCCCAACUCCCCCAGCCACUCCUCUGUGUGUUCGGCACAGGUGUCGGCCGUGCACAUAAGCCAGACCAGCAACGGAGGCGGGAGCUUGAGCGACUACUCCUCCUCCGUGCCGUCGACGCCGAGCACCAGCCAGAAGGAGCUGCGCAUCGACGUGCCCCCGACGGCCAACACGCCCACGCCCGUCCGCAAGCAGUCCAAGCGCCGUUCCAACCUCUUCACCUCUCGGAAAGGGAGCGACCCAGACAAAGAGAAGAAAGGGCUGGAGAGCCGGGCGGACAGCAUCGGGAGCGGGCGAGCCAUCCCAAUUAAACAGGGCAUGCUGCUGAAGCGGAGUGGCAAGUCGCUGAACAAGGAGUGGAAAAAGAAGUAUGUCACCCUGUGCGACAACGGUGUGCUGACCUACCACCCCAGCUUACACGAUUACAUGCAGAAUGUCCACGGCAAGGAGAUCGAUCUUCUGAGAACCACUGUGAAAGUCCCCGGGAAGAGGCCACCGCGGGCCACGUCGGCCUGUGUGCCCCUCUCCAGUCCCAAGACCAACGGCCUGGCCAAGGACGUGAGCAGCUUGCACAUCUCGGCCAAUUCAGGGAAUGUCUGUAGCGCGCCGGGGUCCCAGCUGGCGAGCGGCAUCAGCCUGGUCUCCUUCAACAGCCGGCCCGACGGCAUGCACCAGCGUUCCUACUCUGUCUCCAGUGCCGACCAGUGGAGCGAGGCUACUGUCGUUGCCAACUCGGCCAUCAGCAGUGACACGGGGCUGGGCGAUUCGGUGUGUUCCAGCCCAGGCAUCUCCAGCAGCACCAGCCCCAAGCUCGACCCGCCCCCCUCCCCUCACGCCAACAGAAAGAAGCACCGCAGAAAGAAAAGCACCAGCAACUUCAAGGCCGAUGGCCUCUCCGGCACCGCAGAAGAGCAAGAAGAAAACUUUGAGUUCAUCAUUGUGUCGCUCACGGGCCAGACGUGGCACUUUGAGGCCACCACAUAUGAGGAGCGAGACGCGUGGGUGCAAGCCAUUGAGGGCCAGAUCCUAGCCAGCCUGCAGUCCUGUGAAAGCAGCAAGAAUAAGUCACGACUCACAAGCCAGAGCGAGGCCAUGGCGCUGCAGUCGAUCCGGAACAUCCGGGGGAACUCCCACUGCGUAGACUGCGAUACGCAGAACCCCAACUGGGCCAGUUUGAACUUGGGAGCCCUCAUGUGCAUCGAGUGCUCAGGGAUCCACCGCAACCUCGGCACGCACUUGUCGCGGGUACGUUCCCUGGACCUGGACGACUGGCCGGUCGAGCUCAUCAAGGUCAUGUCGUCCAUCGGCAACGAGCUGGCCAACAGCGUCUGGGAGGAGAACUGCCAGGGCCGGACGAAGCCCUCCCUGGACUCCACCAGGGAGGAGAAGGAGCGCUGGAUCCGGGCCAAGUACGAGCAGAAGCUGUUCCUGGCCCCGCUGCCCUGCGCGGAGCUGUCCCUGGGCCAGCACCUGCUGCGGGCCACGGCCGACGAGGACCUGCGCACGGUCAUCCUGCUCCUGGCGCACGGCUCGCGGGAGGAGGUGAACGAGACCUGUGGCGAAGGCGACGGCCGCACGGCACUGCACCUGGCCUGCCGCAAGGGGAGCGUGGUGCUGGUGCAGCUCCUGAUCUGGUACGGCGUGGACGUCAUGGCCCGGGACGCACACGGGAACACGGCGCUGGCCUAUGCCCGGCAGGCCUCCUGCCAGGAGUGCGUGGAUGUCCUGCUGCAAUACGGCUGCCCAGACGAGCGCUUCGUGCUCAUGGCCACGCCCAACCUGUCCCGCAAGAACAACCGCAACAACAGUGGCGGGAGGGUGCCUGCCAUCAUCUGAGGAGCCAGCGCCCACCAAGCCCCAGGCACGUGAGUCGGGCGAGCCCCC